AUGUCUCCAAACACAAACACAUACACUGGCAUGCUUGUGCUUAUCUUUGUUCACCUUUAUUGCCUUACGUUGCUAACGUCUUCUGAGUCUGAGUCUGAGUUGAUUGAGUGCAUUCCAAGUGAGCGCGAAGCACUUCUAAGAUUCAAGCAUCAUCUCACUGACCCUUCCAACAGACUCUCUUCUUGGAAUGCUUCCAAUUCCAACUGCUGUCACUGGGAUUAUGUUGUUUGUAGUCAUCUAACUUUCCACAUCCUUCAGCUUCACCUUAACACUACUAUAUCAUCGGAAUAUCAUGUAUUUCCCUUUACCAUUGUCGAACUCGCUUACGAGAGGUCCAUGUUUAGUGGAGCGAUAAAUGAUUCUGUUGUUGAAUUGAAACAUCUGAAUUACUUGAACUUGAGCGGUAAUAAUUUUGGAGGUAUGCAAUUUUCUACUUUCCUUUUUCGAAUCACCUCCUUAACUCACCUUGACCUCUCUUUUUCCGGAUUUUAUGGCAACAUUCCUCAUCAGAUUGGGAAUCUCUCUAAUUUGCUCUAUCUUGACCUCUCAUCAUAUGCUAUUAAUGGAACAAUUCCACAUCAAAUUGGCAAUCUCACCAAUUUAAUUCAUCUUGGCCUCCAAAGUGAUGAAUAUGAUGAAUCAUUGGUUGUUGAAAAUGCUGAUUGGCUUUUGGGUCUUACCUCCCUUGAAUAUCUUGAUUUGAGGGGUGCUAACCUAUCCAAAUCAUUUAAUUGGCUACACACUAUGCAAGCUCUCCCUUCUUUGCAAGACUUAAACUUACAAGAUUGUAGUUUCGGUGAUUAUAAACAACCAUCCAAACUUAACUUUUCGUCCCUGCUUUCUCUCACCAUUUCUGUUGCUCCCAAGUGGGUCUUUCAGUUGAACAAACUUGUUUCUCUCACAUGUUAUCUAAACUGUUACUCUAAUGAUAUUCAUACUCCAAUUUCUGAUGGUAUUCAAAACCUUACCAUGCUUGAAAAUCUUGAUUUGUCAUACAAUUCAUUCUCAUCCCAUAUACCAGAUUGGUUAUACCGUCUUCAUCGUCUCAAAUCUUUGAAGUUAAGUGAUAACUAUCUGACUGGGGCUAUUUCUAAUACUUUGGGGAAUUUGACUUCUCUUGUUACCCUUGAUUUGUCACACAAUCAGUUUGAAGGUGCAAUUCCAACUCUUUUGGGGAAUCUGACUUCUCUUGUUGCCCUUCAUUUGUCAUCCAAUCAGUUUGAAGGAGAAAUUCCAACUCUUUUGGGGAAUUUAACUUCUCUUGUUAGCCUUGAUUUGUCAUACAAUCAGUUUGAAGGAGCAAUUCCAACUCUUUUGGGGAAUCUGACUUCUCUUGUUGACCUUCAUUUGUCACACAAUCAGUUUGAAGGAGGAAUACCAUCCUCUUUUAGAAAGCUAUGCAAUUUGAGACACAUCUCUUUCUCAUAUCUCAAAUGCAAUCAACAACUUUCUCAAAUCUUACAAAUUCUCAUCCCAUGUGUUUCUCAUCAACUCAAGAGUCUUGUGGCUUCUACUUCUCAAAUCUCAGGUCCCCUCACCAAUCAACUUGGAAUGUUUCAAAAUCUUGAAAUGCUUGAUCUCUCCAGCAACAACAUUAUUGGAGAAAUUCCUCAAUCGUUUGCAAAGCUUUCCUCAUUAAGAUUUGUCGAUUUCUCCACAAAUCAACUUACUGGAAAUCUAUUUAAAAUUCUUGCAUCAGCUACUAAAUUGUUAUAUCUUGCCAUAGAUGACAAUUUAUUUCAAGGGAUUGUGCAUGAAGAUGACUUUGCGAAUUUCACUACUUUACGUGUGCUUUCAGCAUCAAGUAACAAUUUCACUUUGAAAGUGCAUCCCAGUUGGAAACCAAAAUUUCAACUUUUUCAAUUGAAAAUGAGCUCGUGGAAGUUAGGUCCAAGCUUUCCAUCAUGGAUUCGGUCACAAAAUCAUCUUCAAUAUUUGGAUCUAUCUAACGCAGGGAUUUCUGAUUCCAUUCCCAUUUGGUUUUGGGAAACAAGUCAUUUUUAUAAUUAUUUGAACUUCUCUCACAAUCAUAUUCAUGGCAAGCUCCCAAAAGAAUCAAAAAUUUUUGAAUCUGAUGGAGCAGUUGAUCUUAGCUCAAACCAUCUUCAUGGAAAUUUACCCUUUGUGAGUGAGGAUAUAGUUUGGCUAGACCUCUCACAUAAUUCAUUUUAUGGGUUAUUAAUGGAUUUUCUUUGUCAAAAAUCUCACAACCCAAAAAUGUUACAAAUUCUCAAUCUUGCAUCAAACAACUUAUCUGGAGAAAUUCCUAACUGUUGGAGGAUGUGGCCACAACUAAUGGAUGUCAACUUAGAAAGCAACUAUUUUAUUGGAAGCUUGCCCUAUUCCAUGGGCUCUUUAUCAGGCCUACAAUAUUUGCAUAUACGUAACAACACGCUCUCAGGAAAAUUUCCUAUCAGUUUAAAAGAAAACAAGGAGUUGAUUUUGUUGGAUCUUGGAGAAAAUAACCUCACAGGGAAUAUUCCUAGAUGGGUUGGAGAAAGCUUGGUAAAUUUAAAAUUUCUUCGGCUCCGAUCCAAUCAUCUUUCAGGUAACAUUCCCAACGGAUUAUGUGAUAUGAAGUUUCUCCAAGUUUUGGACCUUGCACUAAAUAAUUUGUCAGGCAAUAUACCAAAUUGUUUGAACCAUUUAAGUGCCAUGAUAAAUAAAACUAGUGCGAGUUCAUCCUUCCAGGAAUACACGGUAUAUGCAAGUGAUACUAUAAGCAUGUUCCUAUGGGUGAAAGGAAAUGAUGCUGAGUACAACAACAUUCUGGGUUUAGUGAAAAACAUUGAUCUUUCAUCUAAUAAAUUGUCUGGGGGAAUACCAAUGGAAAUCACAAACCUAAUUGGUCUGAUUUAUUUGAACUUGUCCAAGAAUGAGUUAAGUGGUCAGAUCCCUCAAAGUAUUGGCAAUAUGGAGUCAUUAGAAUCCAUUGAUUUCUCUGGCAACCAACUCACAGGGGAGAUCCCUCAAAGCAUCACAAACUUGAACUUCCUGAACAAGCUAGACUUGUCCUACAAUCACUUGGAGGGCAAAAUCCCAACGGGCACUCAGUUGCAAAGCUUUGAAGCAUCCAGUUUUGUAGGCAACAAGCUAUGUGGUCCACCAUUGCUGCUCAACUGUACCAUGGAGGGGGAAGUUCCUGAUGAGAAUGAGAAAGAGAGAAAGAAUCAUGGAGUGAAGUGGUUAUUUGUGAGUGUGGCCUUUGGAUUUAUAGUGGGAUUUUGGGGAUUUGUUGGUCCAUUGUUCAUAUGCAAAUCAUGGAGGUAUGCAUAUUACCGUUUCCUUGAUGACAUGUGCUACAAACUUCAAUCAUGCAUGUGACUUUAUGUUUCUCUUGUUUUAAUUUUCUGGUUUUUCAUUUGUGUAUAUGUGAUGAGUUUGUAAUGUUUUCUUUUUUUUUUUUUCCCUUUUCUUGUAAUAGUGGAAAUAAAAAUGAAUAUGCACUUGUCCUGCUUGGCUUGUUAAAAUGUAAUCCAGUUAGUAUUGUUGUCGCUAUAUUAAUAACAAUGCGAGUUAGAUUUGUCACUGGCUUUGAGACAUUUUGCAGUGUUUAGCAAUGCUUAUUAAGAGCAAGGUUCAAAAGUCAAAACCAAG